AUGAAGCCCCAAGUCAGAACUUUACCCAGCGACCAUCCUCAGAUCCGCGACCCGCAACCCCGUCUUCAUCACAAACCACAAUCCCACGCCCACCCAUCCCUUCCCGACUCCAUCCUCGCGUCUAGGGCAGAGCAGGGCCAGAGCGCCAUGGCAUGCGCGAUGGAAGGAAGGAACGAGCGAUGUAGCGAGAGAGGAUGGGGAAGGAGCGAUAUGGGAUGGGGAAAGGGGGAGGUUAAGAAGGAGCGAGGGAGACGAGCGAGUAUGGGGACGAAGGAUGGAGCGAGGGAAAGAGCUAUGUAA